AGUAAUUUGCUUCUUAGACAGAGAGAGAGAAAGAGAGAGAGAGAGAGAGUGACAUAAGGAGACGUCAGCAAAUGGGUAUGUGUUAUUUACUUAAGAAGUUCAUCUAGCGGAGCAUGUCUGUGUUUGAGAAGCUGUUUAGAAGAUUGUUUCAGCUGUGACUCUGGACCAUUGCUGCCAGUAUUGUUGGGUCUGUGUUUCAGCAAAUAGAGUUUUUUAAUUGAUCUGAAUUGGGUUGUCCUUGUUUUUGCUUCAAAUUAAAGAAUGAAAAUCUUUCAGAAGCUAGUUUUUCUUACCAUUGCUUCCAGUAUUGUUGUUCUUGCUCUUCUGCCAUCUGUGAGCUCAUCAAAUGAAGAGAAAAAACCCGUGAGCAAUCACAAGAUACAAACUAAGAACAUUCAAAAGUUGAGCCCUGAACUUUCAUUUGAAAUUACAGUCCAUGGCUUCCUCCUUUGGGUUUCAAUGGGGUUCUUGAUGCCUAUUGGUGUUCUUAUCAUUAGAAUGUCUAAUAGAGUGAAAUGUAGGAGAAGGCUCAAGGUCAUCUUCUACUUCCAUGUUAUUUUGCAGAUACUUUCAGUGCUCCUUGCCACAGCUGGAGCAGUCAUGUCCAUCAGAAAUUUUGAUAACUCCUUCAGUAACAGCCAUCAAAGAAUAGGCUUGGCUCUUUAUGGUGUCAUAUGGGUGCAAGUCUUCAUUGGAUUUUUCAGGCCUCAAAGGGGAACCAAAGGAAGAAGUAUAUGGUAUUUUGCUCACUGGGCACUUGGAACUGGAAUUUCUAUGCUGGGGAUCAUCAACAUAUAUAUCGGGCUACGAGCCUAUGAGAGUAAAACCUUGAAAAGUACAAGAAUAUGGACAUUACUUUUCACUGCUGAGAUAUCGUUCAUUGCUUUCCUCUACCUGUUACAAGACAAGUGUGAUUAUAUGCAAAAGCAGGGUUUAAUUUUGGGUAAUGAACCCAUCGCGCCCAGAGAGCAGAUCAAGUCCUCGUACGAGAAACAUUCUCGUAAGGGGAUGAUCUGCACAGAUGAAAUCCACCCAACAACCAACUCUGUGGUGGAUUCCAUUAGUGUGGAUCAGCCUGUACAAGAACGGUUCUCAUACGAGAACCUGAUCCACACUCCCGUGCCCACAGAUCCACAAGUAAUUUCUCCAACAGCCAACCAAAAGGAAAUGAUUGUGCCUUGAUGGAAAAGCAAUUUUAAGGUGUCCUUCCAACUAGCAUGGGAUUCUUUUUUGUCUUUCCCCGAUUUUCUUCCUCAGACAUUGAAUUUCUUGGAAUUCAUGAGACCAACUGAAGCAUGUUCGGAAGAAACAAAAGUUUUUUUCAUUUCCUAAAUAGAUAUGACCGAUUGGGAAUGGUGUGCUGCUUUGUAUAAGCCAUAGGGGUUGCAUAUAGUUUUCCAGUUAACUUGUAAGCAUCUUUCUACAUUACUGACCAUGAUGAGUACUACAGUUUGUAACAUUGAAUUGUGUAAAAGCUUCCAUCAGUAUACUUAACCUUGUGUUUGUGUAUAGAAUGAAUGUUUAUCAUGGUA